AUGGACCCGAAAGCUAGGUGUGAGCUCAGCAUGGCACCACAGCCUCCUGCCCUCACCUUUAUACCCACAGUUCCUAAGAACAGGAUACAACUGAUCGUCAUCUCAGUGCUGUUGGUGCUCUUGGCCAUUAUCAUUAUUGAAGCCAUUAUCAUCGGAGUUUACAUGACUCAGAAACACACUGAAAGGGUAAUCAAAAGCAUUCGUAACGGAAGUGAUGGUGGAGUGGUGGAACAAACAAUGAUGGUGAACAACCAGGAGAGUGUGGUUGCACUCCAUAUCCAGAACAAUAUGACCUCAGCCACCGUUGUCUAUGACUAUAAACACAGUCUGAUUGGCUUCCGAGUUCAGGACAAAAGCCAGUGUUCAGUGGUGGCAAUGGAUUCAGUUAAUGUGCCCAGCAUAAGAGAAAUCACUCAGAGAAUUGAGCAUUUUGAUGAACAGGUUUCAAAAGAUGUCAGCUUGGCGUACAGCUUCGAGCAAGGAGAACUAGCAGAUCGCACCAUCCUUGGAACCACGAUGAAUAUUCUUUGCAGUGAUGUCCCUGUAUACUGGGCAGAGAGGUAA